AAGCUUGGUGAGGGCACUUUUGGGUAAGUCAAUUUCUCGACUCCCCAACGGAACGGCUGCUAAGUUGACGGUACCAGCGAGGUCCAUAAGGCCAUCCAACUCGCUACUGGACGCGCUGUCGCACUGAAACGCAUACUGAUGCACAAUGAAAAGGAAGGCAUGCCUGUUACAGCCUUGCGAGAAAUCAAAAUCUUGAAGGCGCUGCGUCAUCCUUGCAUCGUUGACAUCCUGGACAUGUUUGUUGUCAGAAGCAAGGGCAAGGAUUGCUCGCUGUCGGUGUAUAUGGUAUUUCCCUACAUGGACCAUGAUCUUGCUGGCCUGUUGGAGAACGAACGAGUGAAGCUGCAACCGAGCCAGAUCAAGUUGUAUAUGAAACAGCUUUUGGAAGGCACCGAGUACAUGCAUCGCAAUCAUAUCCUUCAUCGAGAUAUGAAGGCUGCCAACUUGCUUAUCGACAAUUCUGGAUCUCUCCGGGUCGCUGACUUCGGUUUGGCACGUGCAUAUGAUCCUGCCGUUGUCAACGGCGUGCGAGACCAUCAUGGGAAGGAGAAGAAAUACACUAAUUGCGUGGUUACGCGGUGGUAUCGCCCUCCAGAGCUGUUGCUCGGCGCACGUCAGUAUGGCGGGGAAGUGGAUAUAUGGGGAAUUGGAUGUGUUUUGGGUGAGAUGUUCAUGCGCAAACCUAUUCUGCCGGGUACUUCGGAUAUCGACCAGUUGGAGAAAAUUUGGCAAUUGUGUGGUACACCCAAUCAGCACACUUGGCCAAAUUUUGAUGCGCUACCUGGGUGCGAAGGUAUCAAGCGAUUCCCUAAUUAUUCCAAGAGGCUCAGGGCGGCAUUCGAAAGCAUUGGGCCUGAGACGUGUGAUCUACUGGACAAGCUGCUCACAUGUAAUCCAAGAGAACGCAUCACCGCAUCUGCGGCCCUCGAUCAUGAUUACUUUUGGACGGACCCGUUACCUGCAGACCCCAAGACCCUUCCCACUUAUGAAUCUUCGCACGAAUUCGACAAACGAGGCCGACGCAAUCAGCCACCUCCAGGUAUGAUGCCGCCUGAGAACUUCAGGCCUCAUCCCCCUGCUGGACACCCACCUUACCACGGACGUCAUCCGCCACCCCGAGAAGCCUUUCGUACCGGCCCGCCACCACCGCCAGUCAUCGUCUCAGCCCUCAUGCAGGGAGCGCCAACUGGGCAGCCGCCACACCCACCAUUUAAUCGCAUGCCACCUUAUCCUCCACAUCCGACCAGGCAUCCUGGGCAGCCUCCUCGUCCUGCAUUCCCUGGCCCACCAUCGCACUUACCAGCUAAGCCGGUUGCUCCGCUGGGUCUGAAUCCAUCUCAGUUUGCGGGCCGGAGUGAGCGUGACAGGGGACCCCGUCGUGGCUACAGCACUGGUGGUGAUGUCGGUGGUGGGCGCCCACCCCCACAGAACGGGUACAACAGUGGCGGUGGUCUACCGUAUGGUAGUUAGUGAACGAGGCUCGUUGCACUCGUUUUCCCGUAUCCGGUCUUUACCAUGUAAUAGCAAGUUGUUUGGUGUACUUGAAAGUAAUCUUGUUGGGAGU